CUCUCUCUCCCUGUCGCUCUCUCUCUUCCUUUGUUGUCCAUUGCUAAGAUAUUCAAGCACAAAUCAGAUGCUUCUUCAUAUUACACCUACCAAAUAUAAAUGUGGCGUCUAGGAUGUUAAUAAAUCUUCGAAGAAGGAUAAAUCAGAAGAGAGGAAUACACGAGGAAUCUGCAGCGAGGGGCACAGGGCGAUACCGCGAAGAUAAGUGGCUUGUCUGUAUCGCAUGGAGAUAAUCUGUGUUGAGGUUCCUCCCUUUUCACUCCAUAUAGAAACUUAUAAAGAAGAAGCGGUUUUUGUUAGCACUCGACUAUGAGAGAAACCAUGAGGAGCCUAGAGAGUACAGAGGAUCACCAAGAAAAGAGUGAGGAAAAAGGUGAAAAAUCAUCACCAGCCGUUUCUUCUCAGAAGCUCUCAUCCUUUGACUUGAACGAAGAAGCGACCUUUGAUGAGCAUGAUAGCCCUGCCGAGUUUGAUGACCUCAUUUCUGAUGAAGAUGACAACAGUAGCAUUAGAGAAGCUGAAGAUAAGCCUGGAAAUAGGAAUGCUGAGUCUGCUGAAACUAUGAAAGCAGUGCGACAAUAUGUGAGAUCGAAGAUGCCUCGGCUACGAUGGACACCCCAGCUACAUUACUCCUUUGUCCGAGCCGUGGAAAGGCUUGGAGGACAAGAAAGGGCCACUCCAAAGUCGGUUCUUCAGCAAAUGAAUGUGAAGGGACUCAGCAUUAACCAUGUCAAGAGUCACUUGCAGAUGUAUCGAAGCAGGAAGCUUGAUGAGGUCGGACAAGUAUUGCAUGGUUAUGGAUUGACACGAUUAAGAGACAACAAUAUCAUUAGAAAGAUUCAUCAAAUGACUGGUCCUGACCAUCACUUCAGAAUGGAGAACGGAAGAAUUGUUCUCGCUAGAAACCAUUGUGGAGACAGCAAUUAUUCGGAUUCAGACUUUUCAAGGCAGUUACCAUUGGCCUUUGACGAGCAAGCUUUAAGAGCACAAACUCUAUUUCCUCGCUGGAAUAAGUUGAUGGCUAUGAAGCAAAUCUAUCCAAUUGAUAAAUACACGAAAUUCGGCCCGAUGAGACCUGCUCGGUUUCUCGAGGAAAAGAGGUGGCCUCCGGAAAGAGCAAUUACAAAUCAAUGGAAAAAUGAAAAGAUUUCAACCAGCAUUUGGGCUAACAGCCAUUCACAACCGCAUCAUCACACUCAUUUUAAUGUACAGUGCAUCGAGCGAAAGUCACGUGGAGUUAAUGCUGGGGUAUACAACUCCGACAUGUUUGAUCCGAUUCUCAAAUCCAACAAAUUCGAGCUGAAGUUAGAGCCUUCACGUCAGAUUGAGCUAAACCAACAGAGUGUGUCAAGGGGCAAGGAAUGGUUGAUUGAUUUGCAGCCGAGGCUAAGCCAAGGGCUUGGAGAUAUUGAUGAGCAGACUAAAUAUAGGAGCCACCAAGAGAUCUGCACAAAGCUGGGUCUUUCUUGAUUCCUUCUGUUCGAAGAUCUCUCAAACUUAGGAGUUAUAUGGAGAAUUGCCAGGAGAAAAUAAUUCUAGUCAAGUAAAACUUAUAACCAAAGUGAAAGAUGUCAUGAGUACUUGAAAUGGAUCUCAUCUACUUAAGGUGAAUCUUGAAAGGGUGAGAGUCUUUUAAGUGCUUAAUUUGUUUAGUCUCAACGGUUAUAUGGUACUGCACCCCUGUGGAUUGUCCAGUUGUUUUUCAGAUUUUUGUUUGUCAUUAUA